UUUUUGCAACGCAAAAAUGAGAAAUUAUUUUGAUGAUAAACUACUUUUGUUCUUUACAUUAAUAGUUAUGUUAAUGAGCUUUUCAAUUAAUGCAGAAUUCCAAUCAUUGUUGAUUUUUACAACAAGAAAUGAAAAAGAAAAAGGUGAAGAAAAUUCUCCAUUAUUAGAUGAUUUAGAAUGGCAUAAAAUGAAUUCAUUUCAAUCAAGCAUUAAUGAUUUUGGACAUACUUUUUGGAAAAUAUUUUUAUUAAGAGGAGAAUCAGAACCUUUAUUUGUGGACAUACAAUCUGCAAUUCAAUAUGAUGAUCGAACAAAAGUUAUUGUUGGUAAUUCACAAUCACCAAACGGCAUAAUUGACAGAAUAUUUUUAAGUCCAUUCUGUUGGCGCAAAGGAGAAACAGAAGAACAAUUAGCUUUUGUAAUGUGCAAUAGAAAAUUAGAUUUUCCUCUAGAUGAAAGGGGGUGGCAAAUAAAUGAAAAAAUUGAAGUUGGAAAUGUUGGAAGAAGAUCUGAUGCUUUAAUGAAGAAGGAAAAAGGGGGAAGUGUUUGGAUUGAUUUAUUUACAUUUUCUGGUGUUCCUAUGGUUUCUGCUUCAACAAUAACAUCAAAAAAUAAUGAAAAGAAAAUAAUUGAAAAAGAAGAAGAAGAAGAAAAUGAAAUAAUAAAUGAACAAAAAAGGAAGAAAAGUAAAAGAAGAACAAACAAAUUAGAUGAUGAUGAGGAAGAGAUUAGGAAGGGAAGUGUCCAUGAAGAUGAAAAUGAAGAACAAGAAAAAGUAAAUAGUAAAAAACGUCAAAGGCGAAGAAGAAAGUAUGAUAGGGAAGUAAAGGAAGAAAAUGAAGAGAACAUUGAAGAAGGAAAUGAGGAAGAAAAUUAUGAGAAGGUUGAAGGGGGUAAACAGGAUAAUGGGGUAGAAGAAGGUAAAAACAAUGAUGAGGAAAAAAGUAAUGAAGAGGAAAUUGAGGAAGAGGUUGAUAAGGAGGAAAAAGAAAAUGAUGGAGAAGAGGUAGAUGAAGAAAAUGGGGAAGAAGGAGAUGAAGGUAAAGAUGAAGGAGAUGAGGAGGAUAAAGACGAGACUGAAGAUGAGGAGGAUAAUGAAGGAAAUGUUGGAGAAGACAGAAAAGAAAAUGAAGACGAUGAGGAUGAUAAUAAUGAUGAUGAUAAUGAUGAGUUUGAUUCUACAUUAAGUAUUGCAGAUAAGAAGAGAAUGUGCCGUUAUCGUUUAUCUUGUUAUGCUGAUAAGGGAAUUAAAAUUCCGGGAAAAUAUGGAGGGAAGGAACAAAAACAAGAAAAUGGGGAAUAUAUUCCAUUUGGGAAGAGAACACUUGGGGGAACAAAACUUAAAAUUGUUGAUGUUGAAAAGAAGGCAACAUUAAAGGAUGCAGCAAAACAAGCAGUCAAAAAAGUCCGUCAACAAGAAGCAGAAGGAGAAGUACUUCGAGAGAAAUAUGUAUAUGACGGAGAACGAGUACUUGCUGAUUUUUGGGCAGAAUUGGAACGGAAAAAUCGCUGUAAAUAUAGAAGAAGUUGCUAUUUAAGUGGAAAAUUACCAGAAAUUAAACAAAGCGAAAUUUUACAGUGGUUAGGAAGUUUUGGAAGUAGUGGAUUUUGGAAGGGAGAAAGAGAAGAGGAAAAUGAGGAGGAAGAGAGGGGUGAAGAUGAAGAAGUUAAAUUUGAAAAUAUGAGUGAAUAUGAGAAAAAAUUAUUUUGUCGAUAUAGAAAUUCAUGCUACAAAAAUGGAAUAAAACCAAAAAUUAAUAAUAAUUCGAUAACUACAUUUGGAAUAAAAGAAUGGAAUUUUAACAAUUUAAUUGAAGAUUUAAAAGGAUGGUUGUGGGGUGGAAUGGAAGGAAAACAAAAAAUUGAUAAAGAAGAGCCAAAACAAACAAAAUUAGAAUGUAAAUAUAGAAAAAGUUGUUAUUCUAGUGGUAAAUUACCUGAAGAACUUAGAAUUGAUAAAAAUGAAGAAAAACAAACAAUAACAAAAAUUUUGGAGGGGAAAAAGGUGCCAACAAGCGUAAAAGAACUUAAAUUGUUUUGUAAAUAUCGAAAAAGUUGUUAUGUUGCAAAUGCAGCAAUUCAACAAACGGAAAUAAUUGAGAAAGAAGGAAAUAAACAAAACAAAAAUAUUACUGUAGAGGAGAAUAAAUUAAUAAUUAAUAAAUCUAUGAAGAACAGUUCGCCGCCAAAGGAAGAAAAGAAAAAUAAAAAAUUACCUAAAAAUUCUUCUAAAAGAAAAAUAAAAAUUGAAGAAAAAGAAGAGGAAAAUAAAAAAGAAAAAAUUAAAAAGGAUUGUUUUGUUGAUAAAAAAAGAAUUAAGGAAACAAUACCUCCCCAAGAAGGAUGUAAAUUUAUUGAAAGAAGAAAGGAAGAAGAAUAUAAUGAAGGAGGGAAUUUAGAAGAAGAUAACGAAGAAGUAAAGAAGAGAAAAAUGAAAAAAUAUAUAGUAAAUGAAGAAAUUAAUGAAAUAAAAGAAGAAGAGAGGGAAGUGGAGGAGGAGGGGGAAGUGGAAGAAGAAAAGAAAGUAGAGGAGGAAGUGGAGGAAGAAGUGAAGAAAGAAGAAGAAGAGGAGGAAAAGGAAACAAAAAAUAAAAUAAGAAAAAAUAAAAAAUAUAAUAUAGAAACAAAAGAAAAUUUAGUUGAAGAGAAAAAACAAUGGAAAAGAAGGAAAAGUUUAAAUGAAGAUAAACCUUUAUUUGAUUGGAGAAUAUUAAGUAAUUUAUUAUUAACGGGAAGUAAAGAACCACGUGAAUUUGAAAUUGAGGAAUGGGAGAAAAUGAGUGAAAAAGAAAGAUUAUUUCGAUGCCGGCAAGUUUUGGAAAUUAAUUAA